AGAUAGUAUUUUCUGACAUUAUUAUCUGCGACAAAGGAAGUGUAGACAAUUCUAAACGCAGCUGUAGUGUAUAUGAUCUAUGAAUGACAUGUACGGAACUACGACAUACGUAUGUGACAUUUUCAAUACGGCUUAGAAAACAAUGAUAAUAUUGUGCGUAUUUAGUAGCGAAUUGUGUUUCCUUAUGUUAACGCGUUCUAAAAAUUAAUAAAAGUAAAAGUGUAAAAAUGUAUGAAGUGAUACCACUAUUUUGAUAAAAUAUUUGCCCCAGGCUUAAUAGAAGGUAUUUCUCAGAUACAAUUGUUAUGAUAAUCUUGACAAAAUAAAAUGAAAAGAAUAAAUUUUAAGAAACUCUGAUAGAAAGUUUUUAAAGAUUUUCCAAACAUGUAUUUAAAAAACAUUACUUAAUAACUACAUAGUCAAGGUUAUAUAGGAGAUUCUAUUGUAUUCUGUUAUAUGCUGAUUCAUACAUCAAUUCUAAUAAUUUAUUCAUCAUACUUUUAUGACUUUCCAUGACAUUGUGUAGUUUAUCAGCCUAUGUGUGCAAAACAUAUGCACUAUGUUAUUGAUUACAUUAAAACAAAGGAUUAUUUGAGAUUUAUUAAAAAUGAAAAGCGACAUCAGAACUUUUGGCUUGCUUUUAUACAAAAAUUUAAUAAUUAGAAGAAGACAUUGGAAAACAACAAUAUUUUUACAAUGUCUAAUACCAAUUGCCUUAUUUAUGUUGAUACAAGCUGUAAGAGAUUUUAGUGUGCAACCACCUCGUGUGGUCAAUGAAAGUACAUAUUAUCCCAUAGAAACCAAAGAAGAAUUGACAGUAAUAAACAGAGAUUACACAUUUUUAUAUUAUGUACCACAAAAUUUGUAUACAGAAACUAUUUUGGAAGAUGUCCGAAUGUGUUUGAAAUUGUCACAUGAAAGUGUAGUUGGUUUUUUAACUGAAGAUGAUAUGGUUAAUGCUUAUACUUUGUUACAAACUGAAUAUUCUACUAUACAAGUAUUAGCACUUGUAUUUGAACAAUAUAAUACAACUGAUAUAAGGUACAAAAUCAGACAUUCCUUUAAAAUUCCAAAUAUGUUAUACCAAGAUGUAUUUAGUGACAUGACAUAUAAUGCGCAUGCUGUAUAUUUACAUGCCAUACCAUUUGUACAGUUACAAAUGUGUGUUGAUGAAACUUUUAUAUAUCGCACAGCAUCACAUCCUAUAAUGAAUACAAAGGUGUCAAUACAAAGAAUGCCUUAUCCUCCAUAUGUUAAAAUAGAUGAAUUUGAUACAAUAUUAAGACUGGUGAUAUGUAUGUUUGCAGUUAUUGCUUUUUUAAUUCCACUUUGUGUAGAAAUAAAUUAUGCAACAACAGAGAAGUAUAUUGGCGUAAAUGUUUUGAUGGCAAUGAAUGGAGUAAAAGAAUACCAAACUUUAUUAAGUUGGUUGGUCAUUGGCGUUAUAUUUAGUAUUUUUUACGUAGUACCAAUGACAGUAUUAUUUAAAAACACCUUUUCUGCAAAUGUGGAACCAUAUUUGUAUUAUAGCAAUACUUUUAUAUUUUGGUUAAUACUUACAGUACACGUUACUCAUUUAAUAUCAUUUGGUAUGCACAUUGCUGCAUAUUUUUCAAGACCACGUUUUGUGAUAACAACACUGUCAAUUGUUUAUAUCGCUGCUUUUUCACUUCAUGGAAAUUUGAUAAGAGUAGAAGUCUUCUCAGUAAUACCAUAUCUGGGAAUAUUGUUUCCUAAUAUAAUGUUAUACAGAUUUUUUGAAGAAGUAAAUGCAUAUGAGGCUAAAUUAACUGGUAUUCAAUGGUCAAACAUGUUUGUUGUUGGAGAUUCACAAUAUAAUAUUAUUGGGUGCAGUGGAUUUAUACUUCUCUUCUCCAUUAUGGGAGCUUUAUUACAUUUUUUCCUCGCUGUAUAUGUUAAUGCCAUAUUGCCAGGAAAAUAUGGAGUUCGUAAAGAUCCACUUUAUUUUUUGAAGUAUUUAAAGAAAAAUAAAAUAAAUUUUGAUGAUGAUAUAGAAGAGUUUGACUAUGAAAACAUAGACAAUGAAAAUUUUGAGCCAGUUGCAAAAGAUGUAUUUACCUCUGGAAUACAAAUUCGCAAUCUUAAGAAAACAUAUAAAAGUAUUUGUCUACGAAAAUCAGAAGUCCAAGCUUUAAGAGGAAUUUCAAUGGACUUAUAUGAAGGACAAAUUACAGCUUUAUUAGGACACAAUGGGGCUGGGAAAACUACACUUAUGUCUAUUCUGACAGGCAUAAUAAGUGCAACUGAAGGAAAAGUUCUCAUAAAUGGUCAAAAUAUCGCAAGAACCUUGCAAUCUAUUAGGAACAAUUUAGGUUUAUGCCCUCAAGAAAAUAUGGUUUUUCCCUAUUUAAGUGUAUUUGAGCAAUUAGAAUUCUUUGGUCUACUGAAAGGUGCAAAUAAAAAGCGACAAGAAAUCAAACGUAAUGUUAAUGCUUUACUUGAGAAGCUGAAAUUAUGUGAAAAAAAAGAUGUUCUUCCAAGUACGUUGUCUGGAGGACAAAAGAGAAGAUUAUGUCUUGGAAUGGCUCUUAUUGGUGAUGCUAGUACCAUUGUUCUAGAUGAACCAACGUCGGGAAUGGAUCCCGAAACUAGAAGAGAUAUAUGGGAUAUUAUAUUAAAAAUAAGAGGGAAGAAAACAAUUUUAAUUAGCACACAUAAUAUGGAAGAGGCUGAUAUACUUGGAGAUCGAAUUGCCAUUGUACAUGGAGGCCGGUUAAAAUGUUAUGGCACAUCAAUGUUUUUGAAAAAACAAUAUGGUUAUGGUCAUAUAGAAGUUACUUUGUCAACAAAGUCAUGGUGCAAUGCAGAUAAAAUUAUAAAUAAAUUUGAUCCAAAAACGCAACAGAUAAGCGUUGAUAGUGAGAAGAUUGUCUUAAGCGUACCGAAUACUGAAACUUUACCACAAACUUUGGAUAAAGUUGAAAGUCAGAAAAAGAAUCUAGGAGUUACAGGGAUUAGUGUAUCUCUUAUCACAUUAGAAGAGGUAUUCUUAAGAGUAAUUAAAAAUGAGGAUACUGGAAAACAUAUGAACGAAUUAUUCUGCCCUCCAUCGCAAAAAGUAGAAGGCUGGAGCUUAUUUAUACAAUCAAUUUUGGCACUAUAUCAUAAGAAAUUGAUAUAUACUAAGAAGAAUUUAAGUAAUCUAUUACUAACACUGUUUUUACCACUUUUAUCGGCCAUAUUAAUAGGUUUCAGUUAUGACACACCUAGUGAUUCAACAAAUGUAUUUCCUCUAGAACUCAGUAUGUAUAGACAUCCAAAAGCUCUAUAUUCUUCUACAAAUGAAACCAUUAGGAUGGAUUAUGCGAAUAUAAUAAAAUAUUUUGGUGGAUUCGCAAAAGAAGUACAAAAUACAAGCGUUACACAAGCCUUAUUAAACGAGGCGGUCGACAAUAUCGCAGAGUAUCGUAAUAAUUAUAUCGUUUCUGCGGAAUUUAAUAUUUCUGACGAAGUCUUGUUUGUCAAUGGUUUUUAUUCUGGAAUUGCAAUUCAUAGUAUACCUUUAACUUUGAAUUUAUUAUCAAAUGUGCUAAUUAAAAGCAUGGCUGGUGAUGAAUAUUCUAUUCAUCUUUCAAGUCAGAAAUUACCAAAUGCUUUGUCAGAAACAAUGUUAAUGAUGCCAGAAGUUGACUCUUUGACGAGAACACUAAUUUUUUGUUGUUUCUUCUUUAAAACUGUUGCACUUUUCGUUGUUCACCCUUUUCAAGAAAUGGAAAGCAAAAUGAAGCAACUUCAGAGAAUGACGGGAGUUAGUUCUUUUUCAUAUUGGCUUACUAUGUUUACUUUCGAUUUCGUAGUUCUUGCAAUAUCUGUAUUUAUUAUUAUAACGGGAUUUUAUAUCAUGGAUGUUAUUUUGGAUGUACGGCUGUAUUACAAGAUAGAAAUAUUGACAAUGAUAUUAUUACUGCUACUUUUUGGCAUGAAUUGUUUGCUCAUAUCAUAUAUCUUCAGUUUUAUAAAUAAACAAAGAAGUACCGUAAUAACUAUUUUAACUCUUGUACCAAUUGGAUUGGUUUUAUUACAAUAUCUUUUCCAUCAAGUGACCCAUACGUUUAAUUAUUUAAAAAUUCUUCAUUCAAUUCAAAAAGGAAUAUUCCGUUUAAUACCUUACGUGAGCCUAUUUCAUGGUCAAUUAUCUUUCUUUAACGUAGCUUUACAAAACGCGAGAUGUCGUCGAUUACCGAAUCGACUACAAGAAGUAGUUUGUCUCGGUACCGAGGAUAUUUGUUGUGGUUUGGAUUGUGCGGACGGAGUAUGCAAAAACCAACUUUCUUACUUUUCUAAUAACGAUACCGAUAUGAGUUUAAGGGAUUGCAUCAUAUACCUGUCUCUUACUCCGUUAAUAUAUUUUGCUAUACUUAUUAUUCUAGAGGAAAAUUUACAUUAUAAACUGUAUGCUAAAAUGUUUAAACAAAAUUUGAAGAAUCCAUGUCAUAUACAAGAUGAGCAAGUGAAAAAAGAGAAGCAUGCAGUGGCGUUAGAAAUUAGAAAAUUGAAAAACCGUGGUGCUGCGAAAAAAUUCAUCGAGGAACCAACUAAAACAGUUCCUAGUAUUGAAAAUAAUUACAUACAAAGUCCAGGGAAUAGUAACGAUAGCCUGUUCUUAGUUUAUGAAUUAAGUAAAUAUUACGGAAAGUUGAUAGCAGUACAGGAAAUUAGUUUCCGAGUGAAGCAACGAGAGUGUUUUGGAUUGCUUGGCGUUAAUGGCGCUGGGAAGAGCACCACAUUUAGAAUAUUGACUGGUGAAGAAGUACCAAACAGUGGAAUAAUGUACUUAGGAAAAUCAGAAAUUCAUACUGAUAAAAAAAAUUAUCUUGCUCAAAUGGGAUAUUGUCCACAAACUGAUGCACUACUGAAUUCUUUGAAUUCGUUCGAUCAUUUACGACUGUUUGCAUUGCUUCGCGGUAUCCCCAGAAAGAAGGUGGAUCUAGAAGUUAACAAAUGGAUUAAUAGACUUAAUUUAAAUGCUUGUAUGCAUCAACCAAGUGGUACUUAUAGCGGAGGGAAUAAACGACGUUUGAAUAUUGCAAUGGCACUUAUUGGGAAUCCCACUCUCGUUUUAUUGGAUGAACCAACAACGGGAGUCGAUCCAGCGGCUAGGAGAUCGCUGUGGAAUAUUCUUCAGUCCUGUCAAACAAUAGGACAAGCUAUUAUACUCACUUCUCACAGCAUGGAAGAAUGCGAAGCUUUGUGCAACAGACUAGUCAUUAUGGUGAAAGGUCAAUUGGUUUGCGUCGGUGCAAGUCAGGAAUUGAAGCAACGAUUCGGCGCUGGUUACGAUAUUCACAUUAAAUUAAAUCCCAGCCGAACAGACGAUGAUGUCAGCGCUAUAAAAAGAAUUAUAGAGUCCUCUCUAUCGUGUGAAAUUAGGGAUGAGAAUUUGUGUCUUAUCGCAUAUCAUGUGAAUAAUAUUGGUACGACCUGGGAGAAAAUGUACAGUACAAUGAAUAAUUUAAAGGUACAAUACAGUUGUAUUGAAGAUUACGCUGUUUUAUCAGCUACGUUGGAACAGCUUUUCAUUCAAUUUGCCAGAGGAAACGAAAUGACAAAAUCUAAAUCAUCUACUGUAGAUUCUACUACUCAAACUGUUGAUGUAUAAAUACCAUGUGAUAUUUAAGAAAAUUAUUUACAUUUCUAAGAUUUUCUUUUCUAAUGUACAAAUUUAAUGCGUGGAUUUACAUAGUAGUCUGUGUAUCAUGUCUUAAUAUAUAAUCAAUUCUCUAAGUUUUUUUUUCUAGAUUCUAUGUUCGAUCUCCAAAGAAAUGUUUUAAAAAGUUAUAUCGAAAAUAUUGUAAUUUAUGUCACAAUAAUUGCUUAUGUUAAUAAAGGACGUUUAAAAAUGCCGCCGAACAAAUAUUUUCUGUGAACGGAAUUCGACAGCAACGUUGUGAAAAGGAAAGUAAACUUGGAACAAUACAGGGAACAAGAAAAAAACAUAAAUAAAAUUCUCAUUUUUUAUAUAAAUAAAAAAGUUACAUAAAUGA